AUGGAAUCGCAACAACCAACCGCUACCCAGGCUGCGCCGCGAGACGCUUAUCUGAAGCGCUCGCUCGGCACCUUGUCCAGGCGCAUUCGCGAGCUAAUUGAAUGGUCCUGGCAGUCUCGCGUGCUCUUGGUUGGCGCUGGCGGAAUCGGCUGCGAGCUGCUCAAGAACCUCGUGCUCACCGGCUUCGGCGAAAUACACAUCAUCGAUCUCGACACCAUCGACCUGAGCAAUCUGAAUCGCCAGUUUUUGUUUCGUCAUGAGCAUAUAAAAAAGCCGAAGGCUCUGGUCGCAAAGGAGGUCGCAGGCAAAUUCCGGCCCGAUACAAAGCUGGAAGCAUACCAUGCGAACAUCAAGGAUGCCCAGUUUAACAUCGACUGGUUCAAAAGCUUCGACCUCGUCUUCAAUGCCCUUGACAAUCUAGACGCUCGUCGCCACGUGAAUCGCAUGUGCUUGGCCGCCAACGUCCCCCUAGUGGAAAGUGGUACAACGGGCUUCAAUGGACAGGUGCAGGUGAUCAAGAAGAAUCUCACAGAGUGCUACGAUUGCAAUCCCAAGGAGACUCCAAAGACCUUUCCCGUCUGCACGAUCCGCAGUACCCCGAGCCAGCCGAUCCACUGCAUAGUUGAGCUUUUUGGAACAAGUGAAACCGACGGCGACCAGGACGGGUUUGACCACAGCGAGGACUCAGAAAACGCGGAGGAAAUUGAAAAUUUGCGCCACGAAGCUCAAGCUCUCAAAACGAUUCGCGCAUCCAUAGGGUCUGAAGAUUUUGCGCAAAAAGUGUUCGACAAAGUCUUCAAAGAUGAUAUCGCGCGCCUGCGAAGCAUGGAUGAUAUGUGGAAGACGCGAAAACCGCCAACUGCUUUGGAUUACAAGACGGUUCUAGAGAACGCCAGCGAUAUCGAUGCCAGUGUCUCUCAAAAUGACCAGAAAGUGUGGACCACAGAAGAAGACUUGGUAGUUUUCAAGGACAGUCUCAACCGCCUCGGGAAGCGUCUGAAAGAGCUUCAGGAGAACAAAGAUGGAGAUCUCGAACCGGUGAUUACCUUUGACAAGGACGACGUCGAUACAUUGGACUUUGUCGCUGCUAGUGCCAAUCUACGCUCUGUUGCCUUUGGUAUUGACACAAAGUCCAAGUUUGAAAUCAAGCAAAUGGCUGGAAAUAUUAUUCCUGCCAUUGCUACGACGAAUGCAAUGACGGCUGGUCUUUGCGUGCUUCAAGCCUUUAAGGUGUUAAAAGACGACUAUGAACAUUCUAAGAUGGUUUUCCUGGAGCGCUCCGGCGUUCGCGCCAUUAACACGGACAGCUUGCGGCCUCCUAACCCUUACUGCGCCAUCUGCUCAGUCGCCCAAGGACAGAUUUUUGUCGACCUUGAGCAUGCCACUCUGAACGACCUCGUUGAAAAUGUCAUUCGCAGUAAACUCAACUACGGCGACGAAUUCUCAAUCAAUACUGAUGCGGGCAUGAUUUACGACCCCGACCUGGAUGACAACCUGCCGAAAAAGCUCACGGAACUUGGCGUCAAAGCCGAGAGCCUACUUGUGGUGAUUGAUGAAAAGGACGAGGAACCUUUUGUCAAUGUAGAGCUUGCCGUGGUGGAAAGAGCCAAGCCAACACCUGAGAAAAGUGCCGUGUCUCUUGCGCACGACAUUCAAAUCUCCAAGAAACCCCCGCAAAAGCCACCAUCUGAAGAACCUCUCAAUGGAACGGCAAUCAACGGCGCAACUGGCAAACGCAAACGCGAUGACGAAAAAGACGGUCUUGACGGAGCUCCAGAUGCUAAACGUCUUGCACAGGGCAACGGCGAAAGCAAUGAGCCGAUCGUCCUCGACGACCCCGAGACUGGCGCCAUUCUCAUUGAUGAUUAA